CCCUCUCAACUUUGGCUUCUCUUACCCAGCUGUGGCUUCCCAGGUCCCCCCAUCUUCAGAGAGUGGAAUGGGUACAGGGGUCAUCCUUUCACUUUUGUCCCCCACAUCCCCAUGUCAGGCUCCCAUGAGAAGUUGAGGCCAGGCUGCCUGAGGCGCUCUCUUCAUAUUCCAGCAGUCCUGAGUCCCAUGACUUCCCAGCAGCCCGACUCUGGCCUUGGUUACACUCACACUUGGUUAUCUCCUCUCCCUUGCAUCCCCACCCCCCUCCCCAAAGGGCUGUGUCUCUCAGAAGCCCCAGGCAGCCUUGCCUCCCAACCUGCUGGAGACACUGGUGUCCCUAGGGUGGAGUUUCUCAGCAUCUUGCAGCCCAGAAUCUCCUGGGGCAAGAGGUAGGGGGAGGAACUGAAAAGAUGAAAAUGUCCUGGGAAAGAGGAGUUAACUUUUAGUCUCCUGUGUGUACGUUAGUCCGGUUUUUACACACACACACACACACACACUCUCUCUCUCUCUCUCUCUCUCUCUGUCUCUCUCUCUCUCUGUCUCUCUCUCUCUCUCUCUCUCUCUCUCCCACACACACACACACACUCACAACCUCUUGGGAUUGCAGCAGGCGAUAGUCCUCAUGCAUCUUCUAAACCUGAUUCUACCUCCUAGCCUCCCUGGCUCUGUCCCCAGCAUCCCAUCCUCCUGAUCACAGAAACCACCAACCCCAGACACUCAGGUCUGCCCUUCACUGUGCUCUCUGCAUGCAGUGGAUCACCAGUCCUAUUCUUUCUGCGUCCGCGGGCACGUGCAUGACCCUGACAGUGAAUGCCUCCCUCAUCUCACCCGAGUCCUGGCCUUGCCACAGCGCCAGCUGCAUUUGAUGUAUUCAUAUAGCUCUGUUGUUACUCAAGCCAGUGGUGGGUACUCCGCUCUUUCUGGGAAGUGCCCUCUCCUGCCCUCAGGGCCAGCACUCCAAUUUGUGUUCCAAGUGCUCAGCUUGUCUGAGAGGUUCCCGCAGACAAGGCCAGCGAGUGCUCUAGGAUAGCUCCCGGGUGGCUCACAUAGGGCCAGACGCAGCUGAACUGAGCCAUGGCGCUCCAAGAAGGGGCAAUUCCAGAAAGGAGGGCUCUUCAGGGCUUCUUGGGAGCCAGGGAGGGGGAAUCUAGACUUCCCUGUGAACUUAGAUCUAUAGCUGUGGCCAAGGGGCUGGGAUGACAAAAGUGAGAAAGGUUCAUGAGGAUGAUGGCUGGGUGUUGGGUUGGUGGUUGGAGGGAGUGGGGAGCCUGAGAAAGGCCAGGAUGUGGAUGGGCUGGUGUGACAUUGAGCCUGGAGUGGUCAAAGUGAUCCAGCUUGGGAUCCCCAGCGCCUAGAAGAGUCGUCCCCUUGAAUAUAGUGUGAAUGUGGAGGAAGGAGGAGGCCUGCUCACGUGGAAUAGUGAAAGUGGACACCAAAGUCCUUACCCUCGGCUGGGAUGGAAGAAUUCAUGUGUGAGAGACCGAGUAGUUCACACCUUGUGUGACCCUGGGAGGGUGGGGCUGAGCAUGGGUUAAAGACCUCAGUGUGGUAUCACCAAGCAGGGGGACUUGAGAGUUAGCAAGAAGGUUCCUGGCCACUGUGAAUUUUGACUCAGGAAGAGGCACGGUGUGCAGGAACCUUAAGGACUAGGCCCAGGCUUUUGUCAUGUGUGUGCACCUUCUCUUAGUGGCCAGAGCCUGCUCUAGGGAAUCCUGGUUAGAAUAAAAGUGAAAGUGAAAUAGAGGGGAGAGGGCAGUACUUUCCCAGAAGGAUUUCACUGUAUAUCCUGCCCUUACCAGAACCAGCUCUGACAGCGAAGCGAGCUUUGCCUCCCUUGUGACUAGGUAAGUCCCUGGUCCUUUGGGGCCUCAGUUUCUCAUCCCUAUAAUGAAGGGGUUAGGCUAGACUAAUAACCAGCAUGAUGUUGACAGUAAUAAGAGCUCGGGUGGUGAAAGACUGUUACGAGGUGAUCUCCUAGCUUUGUUUCUAAGGCUUGAAAGAACUCCAGCCUGGGCUUGAUGCCAGCCCUCCAGGAGUUGUCAGGUAGACAGGAUGGAGUGAACAGCAGUGCCUGGCAGCCCACUGAAAGUUCAGACAUAGGGAGGGGCUGUGGAGUCCACAGGGAGAAGAAGGCCACACCUAUGGCUGGGAUCUAAGCAAGCCACUGAGAAGACACGGGAGAAGCAGUUUAUUCACCAUCUCCUCCCCCGCCUCCCCCAGAGAGGAGGAAGUUGUCACAGAUAUAUAGAGCCAGACACGCCAGCUCCUGACACACGCAUCAUGACCAUGAGACAGAGCUGGAUUCCAGCCUCUGGAUGCUGUGGCUUUGGCUCCAUUCCAAGGUCUCCAUGUGCUCCAUUCAAAAAGGGCCAAGAGGUGGGGGCUGAAGGGUCCUUCAGGAAUCUCUGCCAGACUUACUCCAGGCAGCAACACUCUACUGCCAAGAUCAAGCUAGGAUGUCAGCUGCUGAUCUCUGUGACUGUCCUUUCUUCAGACCCCAGCCCUCUGUGGACCCUGCUUCUGUGUGUCCACAUCAUCUCCCACCUGGCUGGAGCCACACAUGUGCCUCAGGCCACCUCAGCUGCCACUGCCUCAGCUGGGAUCGCUAAGGACCCCUCCCCCUCCCGGCCCCUGAUGCCCCCAACAGCGCAGCAGUGCCCAGCACUGGAAGUGACCUGGCCGGAAGUGGAAGUCCCAUUGAAUGGAACGCUGACCUUGUCCUGCACUGCCUGCAGCCGCUUCCCCCACUUCAGCAUCCUGUACUGGCUGGGCAAUGGCUCCUUCAUCGAGCGCCUCCCAGGCCGGCUGUGGGAGGGCAGCACCAGGCGGGAGCGCAGGGGCACGAGGACUCAGCUGUGGAGGGCCUUGGUGCUGGAAGAGCUGAGCCCUGCCCUGCGCAGCACCAACUUCUCCUGUGUUUUCUCCGAUCCUGCGCAGACUGCCCAGCGUCACCUCAUUCUGGCCCAGCUCUCGGCCGUUAUUCCACUCACAGAACAUGGCCUGUCCCAGGAGGGAGUGUGGGAAGAGAGGAACUGCCACUCAGAAGCUAAAGAAAGACAAAACCAGAUUCAGGCAACACUGGCCCUCAGAAGAGAAGAGAAGAGGCCAGCCUGUAAUGCUCCUCAGGAGCAGAGGCCAGAAAUGGAGUGUGGGAAGAUGCUGUGGCCGCAGCAGAGUCAGGAGAAGGGAUUUGAGAAGGGUCAUAGGCAGAGGCUCUGACACCAAGAGAAAGUAAUGGAGGGCCAGGAAUUAAUACCCAGAGGGUCCCUGAAAGUCAAGAGCCUCCAAGAAGAAUCUGAGAAUGGAACCCUGGCCGGCCUGGCCCCUCUGGCAGCCCCUCCCCACCUGAGGAGGGGCCUGGAGGACUCCUGACAGUAGCUGGGACUCCUACACCCCUCGUGUGAGCAUUUCUGGUUUACUCCCUGGCUGAGACUGACAUCAGCCUUACUGCCCAGCACAGCCCCUCGAUGGACAGGCAAGGCCUUGAGACUGCAUGGAGGAGGAGCAGUGAGGUGCCAGGGGUUUUUAAAAGCUUGUCCCUUCCCGGCAUCAGGAUCUGCAUCCAGUCUAAUCUUUGGGUGUGUUAAGUUCCCACAGUCCCCCUACCUGGAGGGGCCCCGCUGGACACCCCGGCCUGGGAGCGGCGAGCAGAGCUGCGGGUAGUGGGCCGGUAGCCAGGCAGACUAAGCAAAGCCGAGCUGCCGUCGUCAGGAGAGCCCAGGCGGGCUAGAGACUGGGUGGAGGAGGUGGCUCUCGGGCCUGCCUGGGAAGCAGGGGCAGACUGCGUGCUGUAGAAGGAGGAGUUGGCGCUGUCUGGCUCCUCCACAUCUAGCUUCUGGAAGAGAGGAUGAACCUGUUGAAAUGGGGCAGGGUGACACCCUAUAAAGAAGCCUCCCGUUCCCCUUCCAAAGCCCUCACAUCCCACAGCUACAUGCGUCCACACUGCUUUGCCCAGGUCCUUAGCUGCACGUCUGCAAGAAAUGGGCCUUGAUGCCACAAUCCCACACAGGUGCUGAGGCUGUUGACUCUUUUCUGCCCAUUUUUCCAUUGAGUCUAUGCCAAUGCUUUGAGGGAGAGAAGGCAGACCAUUUUAGAAGUGGGGUGCAAAGGUCACAAAGCAAGGAAGAGGCAGAGCUGGGGCUGGGACCCACGUCUCCUGAGCUAGUUGUACUCAUCCCAGUGUCCCUCUGUCAAGUGUGCCAGGGCCAUGACAAUUUUUUAGAACUUCUCCACCUUCUUGGUGGCAGAGGGCACCCCACACACAAACAGAUGCCCCCUCCUGCACUAAAGGCCCCUCUUCCCUCGCUCCCAGCCUGGCAGGCAGCCCACUGGGCAGCCACAAUGCAUCUCAGCUACCUACAGGGCGUGCUGGGAGGCACAGUCUGGGCUGCAACUUCAUACUGUCUCCCUUCAGCCUGCACAGGCGCAGUGCUAUACGUGGAGAGAACGCCAGUCUUAAGAGUCAGCAGACAGGCAGCCAAGUCCAGCCCCGCCGCUUUUUACAUGAGGCCUAAGCAAAUCACUGCCCUCCUCAGGAUCUCAGCUUCCCCAUCUGUGGGUAUGGACUGGUCAGCCCUGCCUGCCUCUGUUUUGAGGACCCGAUGGAAAGAUGCCCCGAAAGUGAGCACUGUUGUCCUGCAGCCUGACCUUGGUCAUGGUGAUGUUGAUGAUUUGCGUGGUGCGCCGACGAGCGGAGCGGGUCUUCCGGCCUGAGUCCAGGAAGACGUCCCCCAGGGAGUCCAGGCUGCUCUCCAGGGGCGCCUGACCCCGUGCAGGGAUGGGGGUGAA